AUGUCCACAAACUUGAACCCGUUCAUGAAUAACACGCCUUCUUCCUCCCCACUCAAGGGUUCUGAAAGCAAGAGGGUAUCGAAACGGCCGAUAUCCAAUUCGUCAUCUGCUUCACUAUUAUCCUCUCCCUCCAGGCGAUCGAGGCCAUCCACAGUAUAUGGUGACAGGUAUAUUCCGAAUAGAACAGAUAUAGAUUUAAAUUCCAUCGUUUCGAUCAGUAGUAUGGCAAGCGUUCCAGCCCUUAAUCCAUCAAGCACAGAAGAUCAAGUUGAGUACCAAAAGGAAAGACAAGCACAUGAAACAUACAACACCUUGCUGAAGAAUGAGCUUUUCGGUGAAAUGCUAAGUAAGGAUACAGUAGGCCCAGAAAGUAGUAUAGAUCGUAUUAAGAAUACGAGGCCAUCUACUAGGGGCAAUGUACACACAGAGAAUUCGAAUAAUUACGGUUAUGAACUAGAACGAGUUUCGACUCCACCUCCCGAAGGGGCCAGUUCAGAAGAAUUCUCGCCACACUCUACACCAGCUACUCCUCGACGUCUUUUCACCGCACAACAAGAUGAAGUGAUGAGGCCUUCAAGCAAUUCGGUUAGAGGGGCCAGUUUGUUGUCCUAUCAGCAACGCAAAGGCAGAAAAUUAUCUGCGGCCUCUUUGCUACAAUCACAAUUUUUUGAUUCGAUGUCACCAGUUAGGCCAGAUUCUAAACAACUAUUGCUGUCGCCUGGAAAGCAAUUCAGACAAAUAGCGAAAGUCCCUUAUAGGGUUUUAGAUGCCCCGUCAUUAGCAGACGAUUUCUACUAUAGUUUGAUAGACUGGUCAAGCACUGAUGUUUUGGCAGUUGCUCUUGGGAAAUCAAUAUUUCUAACAGAUAACAACACGGGAGAUGUUGUACACUUAUGUGACACGGAGAACGAAUAUACGAGCUUAAGCUGGAUAGGAGCAGGCUCUCAUCUAGCAGUAGGCCAAGGAAAUGGACUUGUAGAGAUUUAUGAUGUAAUGAAAAGAAAAUGUAUCAGAACCUUGUCGGGGCAUGUAGACCGCGUGGCGUGUUUAUCUUGGAAUAAUCAUGUUCUGACAUCUGGAAGUAGGGAUCACCGAAUACUGCAUAGAGAUGUGAGAAUGCCAGAUCCUUUUUUUGAAACUAUAGAAUCGCAUACUCAGGAAGUUUGCGGCCUAAAGUGGAACGUAAUAGACAAUAAGCUUGCUUCAGGUGGUAACGAUAAUAUGGUGCAUGUUUACGAGGGAACGUCAAAAUCUCCAAUUUUGACAUUCGAUGAACAUAAGGCCGCUGUUAAGGCAAUGGCCUGGUCUCCUCACAAAAGGGGAAUAUUGGCUACUGGUGGUGGUACGGCAGAUCGAAGAUUAAAAAUCUGGAAUGUUAAUACUUCAACAAAAUUGAGUGAUAUAGAUAGUGGUUCACAAAUAUGUAAUAUGGUGUGGUCGAAAAAUACCAACGAGCUCGUGACAUCCCAUGGUUACUCAAAAUACAACUUAACUUUAUGGGACUGUAGCUCCAUGGACCCAAUUGCAAUUCUAAAGGGACAUAGUUUUAGAGUUCUGCAUUUGACAUUGUCCCACGAUGGAACCACAGUGGUUUCCGGGGCUGGAGACGAAACAUUACGAUAUUGGAAGCUUUUUGAUAAACCAAAAGCGAAAGUACAGCCGAAUUCAUUAAUAUUCGAUGCAUUUAAUCAGAUCCGUUAG